CAAUGUUAUGAGAACCAUUCAUGGUGUGGGAGAGAUGAUGACUCAAAUGGUCCUCAGCAGAGGUUCUAUUUUUCCUCUUUCUGUACCUGAUGUACCCCCAAGUGUCCACCCAAGCAAGCAAGCCAACAUUGUAGAGAGUGAAGAUGUCACUGUGAUGGACACCAAAUUUAAAAUCAUUGAGAUUUUACAGUUUAUUCUUAGCGUUCGGCUUGACUACAGAAUAUCGUACAUGCUGUCAAUUUACAAGAAGGAAUUUGGAGAGAGCAGUGAAAAUGUUGAUAGUUCAGUGACAUCUCCCCCUGACACACCAACUCUUACAUCAGGAGUUGUUCCUAAUAUAGAUGAAAUUGCUGCUGAAGCAGAAACUAUGUUUGCUGGCAGAAAAGAAAAAAAUGCAGUGCAGCUGGAUGAUGAAGGUGGCAGGACAUUCCUGCGAGUCCUCAUUCACCUUAUUAUGCAUGACUACCCUCCUUUGCUUUCUGGAGCCCUGCAGCUGUUGUUUAAACACUUCAGCCAACGAGCAGAAGUUUUGCAAGCCUUUAAACAGGUUCAGUUGCUGGUAUCUAAUCAAGAUGUGGAUAACUACAAGCAAAUUAAAGCUGAUCUUGACCAGCUAAGGCUUACUGUAGAAAAAUCUGAACUUUGGGUUGAAAAGAACAGCAGUUAUGAAAGUGGAGAGCUGGGCGAAAGUCAGGCAAAAGGAAGUGAUGAGCCCAUUGAGGAGUCAAAUAUUUUAAGUCCAGUCCAGGAUGGGAGUAAGAAACCUCAGAUUGACAGUAACAAGAGCAACAACUACAAUAUUGUUAUGGAGAUUCUGAUCCGCUUAAGCAAACUGUGCAUCCAGAAUAAAAAAUGUCGUCAUCAGCAGCAGCGCUUGCUUAAAAAUAUGGGGGCUCACAGUGUGGUGUUGGAUCUUCUGCAGAUACCCUAUGAGAAGACUGAUGAAAAGAUGAACGAAGUUAUGAACUUAGCUCACCUGUUCCUUCAGAACUUCUGUCGUGGAAACCCUCAGAAUCAAGUUCUACUUCAUAAACACCUCAACUUAUUUUUAACACCUGGUCUUCUUGAGGCUGAAACCAUGCGACACAUCUUCACAAACAAUUACCAUCUGUGCAAUGAAAUUAGUGAGCGGGUGGUGCAGCAUUUUGUUCACUGCAUCGAGACGCAUGGCCGCCACGUGGAAUAUCUGCGCUUUCUGCAAACCAUUGUCAAGGCAGACGGCAAAUAUGUUAAGAAGUGCCAAGAUACGGUAAUGACAGAGCUAGUUAAUGGGGGUGAAGACGUGCUGGUGUUUUACAAUGAUAGAGCAUCAUUUCCAAUCCUCCUCCAAAUGAUGUGCUCUGAGCGGGAUCGAGUGGACGAAAGCGGCCCUUUGGUUUACCACAUCACCCUGGUGGAACUGCUAGCAGCAUGUACAGAAGGGAAGAACGUUUAUACUGAAAUAAAAUGUAACUCCCUUCUUCCACUAGAUGACAUAGUGAGAGUGGUGACUCAUGAUGACUGCAUACCUGAGGUGAAGAUAGCAUAUGUGAACUUUGUCAAUCAUUGCUAUGUAGACACUGAGGUCGAAAUGAAGGAAAUCUACACCAGUAACCACAUCUGGAAACUAUUUGAAAACUUUCUUGUUGAUAUGGCAAGGGUUUGUAACACAACCACGGACAGAAAACAUGCAGAUGCAUCUCUGGAGAAGUAUGUCACAGAAUCAGUAAUGAGCAUAGUGAGUGGUUUCUUCAGUUCUCCAUUUUCAGACAACAGCACAAGCCUCCAGACACACCAGCCUGUUUUUAUCCAGUUACUGCAGUCUGCGUUUAGAAUUUACAACUGUACCUGGCCAAACCCAGUGCAGAAAUCUUCAGUAGAGUCCUGUAUCAAAACUUUAGCUGAAGUCGCAAAGAACCGUGGAAUUGCAAUCCCUGUGGAUUUGGACAGCCAAGUUAAUACACUUUUCAUGAAGAGUCAUUCUAAUAUGGUGCAGAGAGCAGUGAUGGGUUGGAGAAUGUCUGCCCGCAGCGGACCUCGCUUUAAAGAAGCACUUGGAGGACCUGCUUGGGAUUACAGGAAUAUCAUUGAGAAACUACAGGAUGUUGUAGCCUCCUUGGAACAGCAGUUCAACCCCAUGAUGCAGGCUGAAUUUUCGGUGUUGGUUGAUGUAUUGCACAGCCCUGAACUUCUUUUCCCUGAGGGAAGUGAUGCUAGAAUCAGAUGUGGGGCUUUCAUGUCCAAGCUGAUAAAUCAUACAAAAAGGCUAAUGGAGAAGGAAGAAAAACUCUGUAUUAAAAUUCUCCAGACAUUACAAGAAAUGCUUGACAAGAAGGAAAGCUUUGUGGAAGAGGGUAGCAACCUGAGGAAAAUACUUCUCAAUCGCUAUUUUAAAGGUGACUAUGGAACCAGUGUCAACGGUCCUCUGUCCAGCAACUACAGCAAAGCAAUGCAAGGAGGAGGUAGCUUUUCAGGACAAGAUUCAGAUAAGUCUGGUGUUUCAAUGCAAGAUAUUCAGUGCCUUCUGGAUAAAGAAGGCGCAUCAGAACUUGUCACGGAUGUCAUAGUUAGUACCAAAAAUGACAGGAUAUUCUCUGAAGCUAUCCUGCUUGGGAUUACAUUGCUUGAAGGUGGAAACACACAGAUCCAGUAUUCCUUUUACCAGCAACUGAAUGAGCAGAAAAAAUCGGAAAAGUUUUUCAAAGUUCUGUAUGAUAGAAUGAAAAUAGCCCAGCAGGAAAUCCGAUCAACUGUAACAGUGAACACAAUUGAUUUGAGCAGCAAAAAGAAAGACGAUGACAACAAUGACCUGACCGUAUCAGUUUCAAAAAAGAGAGUAAGAGAUUCAAAUCUGCUUCUGAAAGAAGGAAUGAAGGGGCAAUUAACAGAAGCCUCGAUGGCAACAUCUAAAGCUUAUUGCGUAUACCGCCGAGAAAUGGACCCAGAAAUAGAUCUCAUGAGUGCUGGAACAGAUGCCGGGAAUAUAGAUGAAAAAUCUUCAGAAGAAAUGACAAUGAGUCCUGCUAUUGUGAUUAUGCAACCAAUACUAAGGUUUCUUCAGUUAUUAUGUGAGAAUCACAAUCGAGAACUUCAGAACUUUUUAAGAAAUCAGAACAACAAGACCAACUACAACCUAGUAUGUGAGACACUUCAGUUUUUAGAUUGCAUUUGUGGAAGUACAACAGGUGGACUAGGACUUUUGGGCUUGUACAUCAAUGAGAAGAAUGUAGCUCUGGUGAACCAAACACUUGAAAGCUUGACUGAAUAUUGUCAAGGUCCAUGCCAUGAAAACCAGUCCUGCAUAGCGACACAUGAAUCUAAUGGCAUAGACAUUAUCAUUGCCUUGAUCCUGAAUGAUAUCAAUCCUCUUGGAAAAUACCGUAUGGACCUAGUGCUUCAGUUGAAGAAUAAUGCCUCCAAGCUUUUGUUGGCUAUUAUGGAAAGCAGGCACGACAGUGAAAAUGCUGAAAGAAUCCUUUUCAACAUGAGACCAAGAGAGCUGGUGGAUGUAAUGAAGAAUGCAUACAGUCAGGGUCUGGAGAGUGAACAUGAUGAGGAAAAUGGGGGUGACGGUGUUUCGCCAAAAGAUGUUGGACAUAAUAUCUAUAUAUUAGCUCAUCAGCUGGCUCGCCACAAUAAAAUACUGCAGCACAUGCUGAAGCCUGGGUCUGAUCCAGAAGAAGGAGAUGAUGCUUUGAAGCACUAUGCUAACCACACAGCCCAGAUUGAGAUCGUCCGUCAUGAUAGGACUAUGGAACAAAUAGUCUUCCCUGUGCCAAAUAUCUGUGAAUUCCUCACGCAUGAAUCCAAGUACCGUGUGUUCAAUACUACCGAGAGAGAUGAACAAGGAAGCAAAGUAAAUGACUUUUUCCAACAGACAGAGGAUCUGUAUAAUGAAAUGAAGUGGCAAAAGAAAAUCAGGAAUAAUCCAGCUCUAUUCUGGUUCUCCCGGCACAUUUCCCUCUGGGGAAGUAUAUCUUUCAAUCUGGCUGUUUUCAUCAACCUAGCGGUAGCUCUUUUCUACCCAUUUGGAGAUGAUGGCGAUGAAGCACAGCACAAGGCACAUCAGGGAUGGCGGUGUAGAGCAGUGUUUCCUAGAGCAGGGGUCCCAGGAUGUUCCAAGGGGGCCACAGGCACACUUUCUCCGUUAUUUUCAGUUCUUCUCUGGAUAGCAGUAGGCAUAUGUACAUUGCUGCUUUUCUUCUUCCCUAAACCUGUUGGUAUUCGCCCAUUUCUGGUGUCUGUAAUGCUCAGGUCCAUAUACACUAUUGGCCUUGGGCCUACAUUGAUCCUUCUUGGUGCUGCUAACCUUUGUAACAAGAUUGUAUUUUUGGUGAGCUUUGUUGGGAAUCGAGGCACAUUUACUCGUGGAUACAGAGCAGUCAUCAUGGAUAUGGCCUUCCUCUACCACGUUGCCUAUGUCCUUGUCUGCAUGCUGGGACUCUGUGUGCAUGAAUUCUUUUACAGCUUCCUGUUAUUUGACUUGGUGUACAGAGAGGAGACGUUACUGAAUGUAAUUAAAAGUGUUACGCGGAACGGACGCUCCAUUAUUUUGACUGCAGUAUUAGCGCUCAUCCUUGUGUAUCUCUUCUCCAUUGUUGGGUUCUUGUUCUUGAAAGAUGACUUCAUCAUGGAGGUGGAAAGAACACCUAUCACAGAAAGUGGCACUGUUCCUACCACAAGAUUAACAGCAAUGAUGGAUACAUGUUCAAAGGAGAACUGUAGUACUACAAUACCAGCUUUAAAAUUAGAUGAAGAACCAGAUGAGGAUGGGAUUGAGAGGACAUGUGACACUCUACUAAUGUGUAUUGUGACAGUUCUGAACCAGGGCCUGAGAAAUGGUGGUGGAGUGGGUGAUGUGCUCCGAAAGCCUUCUAAAGAUGAACCCCUCUUUGCUGCUCGAGUUGUCUAUGAUCUCCUGUUUUAUUUCAUUGUCAUCAUUAUUGUCCUGAACCUAAUUUUUGGAGUCAUAAUCGAUACAUUUGCAGAUCUCCGAAGUGAAAAACAAAAAAAAGAGGAAAUCUUGAAGACAACCUGUUUCAUUUGUGGGCUUGAGCGAGACAAAUUUGAUAAUAAGACAGUUUCCUUUGAGGAGCACAUAAAGGCAGAACACAACAUGUGGCACUAUUUAUACUUCAUAGUUCUGGUCAGAGUGAAAGACCCAACAGAAUACACUGGUCCCGAAAGUUAUGUGGCUCAAAUGAUUGUGGAAAAGAAUUUAGAUUGGUUCCCUCGGAUGAGAGCCAUGUCCUUGGUCAGCAACGAAGGUGACAGUGAACAGAAUGAAAUCAGAAACCUGCAUGAGAGAUUGGAGUCCACCAUGAGCCUGGUCAAGCAGCUUUCCAGUCAGCUAGCUGAGCUUAAAGAACAGAUGACAGAACAAAGGAAAAACAAGCAGAGGCUGGGCUUUCUUGGAUCAAACGCAGCAUCCCACGUGAACCAUCACAUGCCACCACACUGAUACCAUGGGGGGGGGGCAUGACUAGCGUUUCAUCAGUAUUCUCGCUUGAUUACAGAAUGAAAAAUCAGGAGUGGUGAACAGCGCCUAUUGUUACAAAGUUACAAACAACAGUGUGCCAGGAUGUUAAGUGGUUUAGCUCUGGGAACAAUUAGUAACUGUUUUUUCUUCACUUUGUGGUAAGGGGAGCUCUUCUACAUCUUUCCUCAGGCAAAACAAUUUAAAACUGGCGAGGGUGGGGUCGCAGUGGGGAGAGAUAGUACAACCUUAAUUUACUCUCUUGUAAUUCAGUUGGCUGCCAGGCAUGCAUAGGCAUGGCAGAAUUUGGUUCUGUUGUUUUGAAUGCCACCAUAUGAAUCCUUGUAAAACUAAUGGAGCAACCAAGAAACAGAGGAAAUAAUUUAUUAACACAUAAUCCAACAGCCUCAUUCGGAAUCUGUAGAAGUUCUUUGUUGUCACCUUUGCUGGCCAGUAUAAUUUGUUAUGUUUGUUUGGAAUUUUUGCUCUCUCUCUCUCUUCAAUCUAAUUACCGUAAAUAUGUCAUUGGAGGAGGCAAUAAUGUUAUGGCAAGUUAAUUUGCAUUGAAAGAUGAACAAAAUCACCCUCAAAGAAGCAUUGUUUUUCUCUUUAAAAAAAAGAGGGUUGCAGAGACAAGUAUUAAGGCUAAUAGAAAUUUUGCUGUCAGCUGUGCAAUUCCUUAUUUAUAAAAUAGAGCACAAAUGAACCUGCAGCUGGGAGAACUUGAAAUUUAUGCACAUAACCACUGACAACAUUAACUGGAAGUGAUUUCUUUACUCUUGAAUUUAGAUGUUCCCUAUUAAUGUGGCUGCAAGUAGAGAAUUCAACUAACGGUGGUCUUUAACUGUGUUUUAAAAUUCAUGUUCCAAGGAGAGAGUUGAGGAGAAAAUGUGAUAUUUUAGAACUAGUGUUAGAGAUUAAUUUCAGGGGGUAAACAGCUUUGAGAUGAACUGUCUAGAAAAAAUGUAAUGAUAUUGUUACUGUCCAUAAACCACAGGAAAAACUGCUAAUUAUUUUUUU